AUGUUGGAGAAGCCUUUUGUCACUUUCAGCCCUGUACCAGACCACCUUGAUCUCAUCGGUGCUCCAAUUUUAGUAGACAGCGACGACUUCGUCGGUGUUCAUCAUGCUAGUCGAGCGCUCGCAGAGGACUUUGGCCGGGUAACAAAAGGGAAGGCCAGUCCAUUCAGAGCAAUCACGGUCGAUAAUUCAAUAUCUCUAAUCGACGCUCCUUGGAACACUGCCAUUAUUAUUGGGUGCGUCGACACCUGCUGGAUGCUCAAACAUCUAGAACAAUCAGGGAAGAUUGACAUUGGCUCUAUUCGGGGCAAGUGGGAGUCGUUCAUCACAGCAGUUGUGAAGAAUCCUUUCGAGGGCUGUGAAAAUGCAAUGGUAAUUGCUGGGAGUGACAAAAGAGGUGCCAUCUUCGGCGCUUACACGCUCUCUAGCCAAAUAGGCGUGUCUCCAUGGUAUUGGUGGGCCGACGUACCUGCAAAACAUCACCCAGAAAUCUACGCGCUACCUACGACGACCACCCAUGGCGAGCCGAGCAUCCAAUACCGCGGCAUUUUCAUCAACGAUGAGGCACCCGCGCUGACGGGAUGGGUGUUGGAGAAAUUCGGAGGAUACAACAACGAGUUCUACAGAAAAGUAUAUGAGCUCCUCCUGCGGUUAAGGGCAAAUUUCAUGUGGCCAGCGAUGUGGCCCGGAUACCCCAACCCCGGAGCGAUCUUCUUUACGGAUGAUCCCGAGAACCAGCGUAUCGCCGACGAAUACGGAAUCUGCGUGUCAACUUCGCACCACGAGCCUAUGCAACGCGCGACAACAGAGUGGUUUGAAGAAGGGCGUGUUGAUGGUACAUGGGACUGGACAACACACCGGGACGAGAUUAUCGAGUUCUUCCGUGAGGGUGUGCAGCGGGCCAAAGGCUUAGAGUCAUACUUCACACUGGGUAUUCGCGGUGAAUACGAUCGUCAGAUGGCAACUGAUGAUCCUGGCAGAGUCGUGCGCGAUGUGCUUGAGCAGCAGCGAAUGCUGUUCAAGGAGGUUCAUGGGUGUGAGGAUGCUGUGCCACAGGUUAUGGCUUUGUACAAAGAGAUACAGGAUCUGUACCAAGCUGGAGAGUUCACUGUGCCUGAUGAUGUGACGUUAUUGUUUGCAGAUGACAAUUUUGGCUCUUUACGCCGGCUACCUUCUGGGCCUGAGAAAAUUCGAAAGGGUGGCGCUGGAAUAUACUACCAUUUUGAGUAUGUCGGAGCACCUCGGAGCUACAAGUGGAUCAACUCCAACUCGCUGGGCAAGAUAUACCAUCAACUGUUUGAGGCGCACCGUCGCAAUGCUCGCAAGAUCUGGGUCUUCAAUAUUGGAGACAUCAAGCCUAUCGAAGUCCCAUUGACCUUUGCAAUGCAGUUGGCAUGGGAUAUCAACUCCAUUAGCGCGGAUAAUAUCCCUGUUUUCUUGAAGGACACUGCCUCCAGCUAUUUCGGCGAGGAGCUGAGCACAGGUGCGAGCUUUAUUUGGCACGAGUAUGACCGCCUGGUCCGCAUUCGAAGACAUGAGCAUAUCGACCCGGAGAGCUUUUCAUUGCUCCACUACAACGAAGCAGAUGAUAUUGUAGCCCGGUGGCAGUCAUUGGAUAUCGCCGUCGACGCGCUUUAUCAGCGCGUCCCACCUGAACGCAGAGCCGCAUUCUGGGAGCUUGUUGUGCACCCAGUGAAGGCCAGCACGAUUUUCACCCGUCUGCGAGUCGCUCAGGGACGGAACCAGCUCUAUGCACGUCAACGACGCAACACAGCCAACAAGCUCUUGCGUGAAAUCUUGGACUUGUUUGAUGCGGACUUCAAGCUGUCGCAGGAGUUCCAUUCUUUGCUUGACGGUAAAUGGAAUCAUAUGCUGUGCCAGCCGCACAUGGGUUACGGCAGUACAUGGCAUGCCCCAUCGCGAGACGCGAUCUUUGGGUUGGCUUACGUCCAGAGACAUCAGAAUAGCAAUUUGAUUGUCGGACAAAUGGGUAUUGCUGUUGAAGGACACGAAGGCAUCCGGGCAGGGCGUAUCAAUGAAGAGAGUGAGCGAACGCAUCCAAGCCGACGCGACUUAGUUCCUGGUCUAACUCUCGGUUCGAUGAGUCGGUAUGGCCCAGCUAAGCGCUGGUUCGAUAUCUUCACCAGGGGAGCGCAGACCAUACACUGGGCCUCGUCUGUUCCAUAUUCAUGGAUUCAGCUUUCGAUAACAGAAGGAAUACUAGACCCUGAUGGAGACGACGCUCGUGUUUGGAUCUCAAUAUUAUGGAACCAUGUCCCGGUCGACUUCAACGAGGAAGUUUUGAUCACCAUCUCAUCGAAAGAAGGAGACUAUGAGCACGUCCAUCUUCCCGUCCAUGGUCACAGUGUCCCAGACUCGUUCCGUGGUUUUGUUGAAGCAGACGGCUGUAUUUCUGUGCCUGCAUAUGGCAUGAGUACGAACCCUCCCUAUAACCAUCACCCAGAGCUCGGUCGCGGAAGCGAAGGUGCCGUCACACUCGGAGAUUCCGACCGCUUGGAUGGGAAUGAGGCGCCAUUCCUGGAAUAUCCCGUCUACCUAUUCUCAUAUUCCAAUCCAUCCACAGUUAUCUUGUAUUUCAACAUGACCUUGGACAUCGAUCCAGCCCAACGAAUGUCCUAUGAGAUCAGGAUCGAUGAUCAACCGACCGAGUUCCAUAAUCUCCUUGCGGACCCAGGGCAAAGCAAAGGCAAGCUUCCGGCAGUGGGCUGGUCAGAUGCUGUUAUGGACUGUGUUUGGAAGAGAAAGCACACCGUCACUGGCUUAGGAAUCGGUGCUCAUACAAUUAGUGUCCGGUUGAACCACCGAAACAUCAUCCUAGAGAAGAUUGUGCUGGACCUUGGCGAUGUCAAGGAAAGCUAUCUCGGUCCCCCUAAGAGCUUUUGCGUAUCGGACUGA